AUGGCUCCUCGCUCAAAAAGCUAUCAAGCGGUUCAACAGGACCCCGACGAGCGAUGGAGGGACGAUGAGUCUUCCCAAGUACCCUGCUCCGUUCAACAACGCCCGCCUCGCCAUCCGUUGCUGUCAUGGAUUGUUGCUGCUACAGCACUUGUCUUUCUCGCAGUAUCCAUAACAGUCAACAUAUUCCUCGCAUGGCAAAUCAAACAUGUGACCCCCCCGCCGCAGGAGACUGACUCUGUCUCGUACUAUGGUCCGUAUUGCCACACCCUCGCAGCCGGUCUCAAGCGGACACUUCCCCUUCAGAUCUAUCCAGACACCGACUACACCGGGGAUAACCUUAGCGCUGUGACUGAUCUGUGGGAGAAGCUCAGCGGCGACCCGGGCGUGGUCGCACUGCCCUCGGACUACGUCAGCGAGAAACGACUGCCGCACGCUUACCGCUUUCCAUGGGAUCAAGACAAGGGCGUUUAUCUACUCCAGGGAUUUCACAACCUUCAUUGUUUGCGCACGCUCUUCCGCUACAUCAAAUACACGGAGCAGGGCGUCCCAAACCACAUUGCGCUCUCGCACGCGCUGCACUGCCUCGACCAGCUCCGGCAGGACGUACUCUGCAACGCCGACGACACGCCCCGAUACGCCGGCUUCCAGACCCCGGCCGGCACGGGGGCAGGACAGGUCCGGAUGUGCAGGGACUGGAGGGCGCUGGAGACAUGGGCGUUGGAGCACACUGCUUGCUUCAAGCACGAAGAUGAGGUCCCCGGGCCCAUGGUGGAUCGGUUCAAGUCGUGUCCCGACGGGCGUGUCCUCUGGCCGACUGCUGCCGCCGUUGCAGAUCGAGGAAGGUGA